CUGGUCGCGCCUGUUCUCCGCCGACAUUCCCGCUUCUCUCGGCUUUCGCAGUCUGUGUUGGUGGCCGGAUGAGUAAGGGGCACGCCUGGGCGGGAGGCGCGGUACUGCCUCUGGGCAGCGUUUCUGCUGUGGGUCAGGCGCGAUACUGACGAAGUUUAGUAGAAUAUGAGGCCACUUUGGAUGCAGUCAUUUGGAUGACAGCUGUUUAUAUGACAAUAAUCCCAUUUGUGGUUGCCAUUCUGAGGUCAUUCUGGUACUUCUACUACUCCAGAUUUCUGUUCUGUGGCGAAAAAUUAAGGGAGAUGGAAGAUUUUCAAGGGAUAGCAGAAGAAUCAUUUCCAAGCUUUUUAACCAAUUCUUUGUUUGGUAAUAGUGAAACUUUUGAAAAUGUAACUCUUUCUUCAAAUCUUGGCUUGCCUGUUGCUGUUUCUACACUUGCUAAAAAUAGACCCAGCUCUGAGGAUAACAGGUAUCAUGAUGUCCAGGCAUCUUAUUUAGUAGAAAGGAGGGUUUCAAUUCCAUCCGAGUCAUCUCCCAGUUGCCAGAGUGAUGUUCAACUGAGAGAGAGGUUACAGCUUAGCUUCCCGGAUGACGAGAAAAAGAACUACAUGGAAAGUCAGCAUUUGUCAAGUGGGCACUGGAAGCAGUUACCGUGUCAAGGUGCUGCAGCAAGGGCAGAAGAGGACCAAGCUAAAACCACAGCACACUUCCAGGACCAAGAUUCUUUUGAUUCCAUUUUGCCGCUGGAACAAGAACAAGAAAAUUCAUCUGUUGAUUUUUGUUCACAAUCAUGGAUGAAUAAUAAGGAACACAAGGUGGUCUUGCCUGCUGCUAGAAAAUACUUUGAGCACAAAAUUCUCAACAGUGAUUUAAGCCAUAGUAACUUCUUAGAAAAUGAGAGACUUAUGUCCUUGACCAGCUUUGAAGAUUCAUCUGAUGAAGAUAUCAAUGAUGAAGAGUUUUAUGAUGAUCAUUUGGAGGCUUAUUUUGAACAACUGGCAAUACCAGGAAUGAUCUACGAAGACCUACAGGGACAGGAACCUCCAGAAAAAAAUCUCAGGUUACCUAAAUGUGAGCCUCACCAGGAGAAUGAAUACAGUAGCGUGGCUGCUACACUUCAAUCCGACAGUAACAGCUCUGUGAUUUCCCGUGAUUCACACUUUCCAAGAAAUUGUGAAAUGGCACGGAAACAGAACGAGGAAGCUUGUGCUGCUUGUCAUCCUGGAGCCAGUAAGAUUAAUUCUGUGGGUGCUGAAAAUGGUAGAACACAAACAGAUGAUGUAUUGCCGUUUGCCUGCAGUACUUGGAGAACUGAGGAAAAAAGAACAGAAGGCUCGAAGGGUAUUGUUCCAGAGCAGAGAAGAGAAAGCACCAGAGAAGGUGUUCUGAUGAAAACACUCGCCUCUACCAAAGAGAAAACGAACUCGGCUCGUUUACAGGAUGCGGACGCCGGUUCUAAUGGGAGUGUUGACGGGACUGACCGCUUAAAGCAGGGAGCGGGAACUCCUCAGCAAAACAAGGAUUUGUCAUCAGACUCGGAAGCAGCUCUGCAUGUGGAAGGAUGCUUAGACCCUGGCGCGUCUGUGGCCUCUGUUGAGAAGCCUGUGGACGUGGUGUCAUGGAAGCCGGUUAGUAAGGACGCAAUUCAUUCCAGUGAGACUCUGCGGUCGCCAACCUGUGAGAGGCGAAUGUGCGAAUUGUAUGCAUCCACUGAAAAGAGUAAAGAGCAAGCACACCUCCCACAGGAUGUGGUCUCACAAGAUGAGGAGGAUAAAUGGGACACUGAGUUGGCCUACUAUACAUCUUUUACUAAUGAGCAAGAUUUUAAUUCCUGUCUAAACGAGCAGAUGAAUGAAGUCUUCGCAUCUGGCACUGAAGCAUUGGAUUUGAUUGCUCAAGAUGAAGCAGAAUUUAAUAAGCAACAUCAAUUUAUGCAGGAAGAAAACAUAGAUGCUCAACAUACUUCAGUUGCAGUGGAGAAUACGUCCUGGUUGCCUGCAGUGAAUUACAAUCUGCUGAGGAAAUCAUUCAGCACGCCUGAGCUGAACAAGGGCGAUGCCAGCUAUUUACGCCUGUCCUUAGGGGAGUUCUUUGCUCAGAGAUCUGAAGCUCUCGGAUGCCUUGGUGGCGGUAGCAAUGUGAAAAGACCAUCGUUUGGUUAUUUUAUUAGAUCUCCAGAGAGAACGGAACCCAUUGCUUUAAUCAGAAAAUCUGAUGUAUCCAGAAGUAACUUAGAAAAGGAGAUGUCUCAUCUCAAGGCCAGUCUGUGUUCAGGAAAUUCUAUUGAACCGUCGGAAACACAGCUAAGUGAAGGAUCCGUUACACUUCAGGUGGAAGCGCUGGACAGUGCUUCACAAGUGUGUGAAAGUGACGUGACGUUGACCUCCAGUAAAGGCAAAACAGAGGAACCUUUUUUUGUGAACAGCGAGCAUGUAAGAAGCGAUGAGAAGUCAGCUGACAGUAGUGAUUCCGUCCUUAGGAUAAGCACCAUUGCCUCAGCCAUCGCCGAUGCUUCCGUCAGUACCGACCCUUCCCAACUGGUUGCCAUGAUCAAGGCACUUAAAAAUAAAAGCAGAGACGAGGCUUUUCGGGAAGAUGAUAAACCAGAGGUCUGUUCCAGCAUGGCUAGUUUCUCUCCAAAUGACUUAGAGAAGAGCUGUGGGUCUAAUGCAUUUGAUAUGGAGAAAUAUCUGAUCAAAACUGAAGUCAGCAGACAUGUGGGUGGACUGGAAAACCUUUCCAGAGCUGGCGUGUCUGAUAUUUGGGAUUUGUCUGUGCCAAGAGAACAGAGUACUCAAGAUAGCCUGGUACAGAACUUGGGAGCUACUAAUGUGGACGUAAGGGAACGUGCAGAGAAUACAGGAGCUAGCUUGUGCGGUGCAAACGGUGACAGUGAGGACCAGGAAUCAGUUCGAACAAUAAACUCGGCUCUCACUAACGUAAGAGAGAAUGCAGGGGGAAUAGUGAACGUGAAGACAGACACCGCGGACAAACUCCCAGAUACUGACGACAGUGAGAAAGCUACUCCAACGCCUCAUUUAUCAGUACGGAAUCCCAGAGUCGAAACUCUCUGUCUGUUGGCAGAGUGUGACGAACUGCGAGAUAAUAGAGUGCGUCCUAGGCAGCACAAGUACGCUGGUGAAACCAGCAGUGGUGAAAAACAUGUGACUUUUGAGAAACAUUCCAUAGUCUCACCCAGAACUCUUGAUUUGGAAAAUACCUCUCCUGAACGAGGUGAGCAUGGCUCAGAGGAAGACGAGGAGAGCUUCCGGCCUUCAACGUCACCGUUGAGUCACUCUUCCCCUAGUGAGGUUUCUGGGACCAGCUUAUCUGGAUGUGCCUUAGAGUCUUACGGCUCAGCAGCUCGUCAACAGAAGCCCUCCUGUGAGAGUGAGCAGUCUCGGCUGGGCAGCUCACCUGCAAGCAUGAGCAGGCUGACUUACGUGUCUGAAGCCGAGAGCACCUAUCCUGCCACAGCCACAGACCACGGCCCGGAGGACCGCAAGAGUGAUCUCACCAGUGAGUUGAGCACCACGGUUAUUGAGACCAGUCCAGCGCCCUCGGAGGAGCAGGCUGUGGGAAAGAUGAGAGAGAAGGUUCUAUUUCAAAACGGAGGACAAGGAGCAUUAUCCUACGUUAUCCCGAGCAACUCUGAUAUGACAAGAGUGAGUGAACCUGCUUCUGUGAGAAGCAAAGCUGGAGUUGUGGAUCAGAACUUUAGAUCAAGUGAAGAUCCUUCCUCAAAGAGUGAGGAAAUGGUGGGGCCCAGCGAGAUGGGUUUGACAUCCAAUGUCAGUGAGUCGGACUCAGUCCCUCCAGAUUGGCUGAGCAAGUCAGAUCGGAGCCAUCAGACCAGGCCGGCCGCCACACACCUGCCCGCGUCCUGCCAGGAGUCUGAGUCUGUGAGCGGAGGUCAGAAGACCACUUCGGAAGAUGUGUCCAGUGACAGCGGCGGAUUUAGUGGCCAGCCUCCACAUCACAGCACCUCCGGGAGCCAGCGCGUCACCCUUCCUGGCAUGCUGGCCCAUGGCUCUGCUGCCGAGGUGCAGAACGUCUCCGCUGUGCUGCCUACACUCCUGACUCAGCCUUCCCUUAGCACAACCCCGUUUGCACAGCAGUGUCUGGGGACUCUUCCUGGAGGCGUGGCUGUGCCUCAGUGCUACGCGGGCAGCACCCCCGUCUGCGGCUUCUCCGGGUGCUAUGCCUAUGCUGCCGUCACGGGAGAACAUGCUAGAAACCCGGCGGCUCUGGGCAUUUGUCUGGGACCAAAUACAAGCUCUGGCUUGAUGGGUGCCAGUUCCCUUGGCAACCCGUAUGCUAAUGCCAUAAAUCAGAACCUGCUAAAUACAGCUAAACCUUUUCCUGCUCAUUCUGUUGGCGGAAGUUGUGGAGCUGAAGCAUGGAAUCCAGGAAUAGCAUCGGGAUUUGGUGUCAAAGUGCCCGAGGAGCUCAAGUUCCCGCAUGCGUGCUGUGUCGGGAUCGCCUCCCAAACCCACCUUAGCAUCCUGAACCCCACCGACCGCUGGCUGCAAGUCAACAUUGGGGUUCUCAGUGUUAGUGUUAAUGGUGAAAAGGUGGAUCUUGCAACCUACCCGUGUUUGGUUUUCAAGAAUAAAGUCAUCAUAAGGCCUCAUACUACAGAAGAGAUAAGAGUGCUUUUUAUCCCUUCCUGUCCCGGGGUUUUCAGAUGUUUGUUCAGUGUUGCUUCUUGGCCGUUCUCGGCAGACCCCGAGACCAUGGUGCAGGCAGAAGCCUUGGCCCGUAGAGUCGUUCUCACUGCUCUCGCCGAGGACCCCGUCAUCGAGGUAGAAACAGAAAAGAAAGAUGUUCUUGAUUUUGGCGACCUGACUUACGGAGGCUGGAAAGUUCUCCCACUGAAAUUGAUCAAUCGGACGCACGCCAUGGUGCCCAUCAGACUGAUGAUUAAUGCCGACGCGAUAGCCUGGCGCUGCUUCAUGUUUUCCAAGGAGCCCAGCCACGCUGCUGUGAAGGCCGCUGCUCGGGCCGACGUGGUUAGCCAGCUGGCAGCCCCUUCUGUUGUCAGUCACCUGAUUCCUGCCAGUUACGACGGACAGGAGCCAGAAUUUUUGGUCGUUUGGGUUCUUUUCCAUAGUCCAAAGAAGAUAAUCUCUUCUUCAGAGAUUCUAGACUCGGCAGAAGAAUUCUUGGCAAGAGUUGAUAUAGAAGUUGACAGCCCGAAUCCUACCCCGGUUCUUAGAAGUGUUGGUCUCCGAGCAAGAGCAGGAGUAGCUAGGAUACAUGCGCCGAGGGAUUUGCAGACCAUCCACUUCCUGGCCAAUAUGAAUUCCUCAACAAAGCAAUACUUACCUCUGAAAAAUGCUGGGAAUAUUGAAGUUUAUCUAGGUAUCAAGGUCUCUGAACCAGGAAGUCACUUUUCAGUGGAUCCAGAGCAUUUAUUCCUUAAACCUGGAGAAGAGCGUGAAGUUAAAAUUUCAUUUACUCCAGAGGACCCCAAAACCUGUGAGGAGAGCUUCUUGACAAUAUUUGUGCAACCGCUUGGACCUCAGUAUGAAGUAGUGUUAAAAGGUGAAGUCAUUUCUGCAGAAAGGAAACCUGUGUCAUCUGGAUCUUGCUUCUCUGAUGUUCCAUCCAUUUUGUCCAACAAGCAAUUCCUGACUUGGGGAGGUGUCCCCCUUGGUAGAACACAGCUUCAGAAACUAGCUCUAAGAAGUAAUUCUACAUCUGCAACCCAACACUUUCGACUGCUUAUCAGAGGUCAAGAUCAAGACUGCUUUCAGCUUCAGAAUAAUUUUGGUUCAGAAGAGCGAUUGACCAAUAACUGUGAGAUCAGAAUUCGCCCAAAAGAAGACAUUAUCGUCUCUGUAUUAUUUGCACCUACUCGAUUAUCUUGUAUGGUAGCUAAACUAGAAAUCAAGCAACUUGGAAAUCGAUCACAACCAGGCAUUAAAUUCAUGAUACCUUUGUCUGGAUAUGGAGGAACAAGUAAUCUCAUUUUGGAAGGUGUUAAAAAAUUGUCUGACAGUUACAUGGUAGCAGUGAGUGGCUUAGUGCCUGGCCAGGAAAGCAAAGCUGUUGUUUCCGUCCGCAACACGGGGUCUCGGGCAGCUUUUGUUAAAGCAAUAGCUUUUAAGGAUUCUCAGAAAAAAGUUGUGCUGGAUCCUGAAGUACUGAGGAUUAUUCCAGAUAAAUUUGUACUCAAGGAAAGAUCCCAAGAGGACGUUACUUUAAUAUAUAACCCGUCAGACAGAAAGAGUGAUGGUAAAACUGCAACACAACUGUCAACUAUAUACUUCUUUGGUGGAGACGAAAUUUCCAGACAGCAAUAUCGAAGAGUCCUGUUGCAUAAACCAGGAAUUAUAAAACAGAUACUUCCAGAACAUAGUAUUCUACAAAGCAUCAAUUUUGCUGAAGCAUUUCAAGAUGAACUGCUGGUAAACGAAGUGUAUGAUCUUCCCCAGAGGCCUAAUGACAUCCAGCUGUUUUAUGGAAACAUGCGUAAAAUUAUACUUUCAGUAGUUGGUGAAUUCCGAGAGUCUGUGUCUAACAGAGAACUGUUUCAGCCGCCUUCUGAUGCUCCUGCCGAGUCACAAAGCCAUUUUCCGAGUGACCCAGGAGCUGGCGGAAAGCACAGUGGCAAUGUGUCUUUGGAUGUGUUACCGGUGAAAGGCCCUCAGGGUUCCCCGUUUCUCUCACAAGCUGCUCCCCUGCCUCAAGACUCGUCAGUUGCUGAGGAGACCUGGACUGUCCACCCUGAGCACUUGGUUUUAGUAGCUCCUCCUGCUUGUGACACGGCAAGCCCUGGACGCUUUCAGAUUGUAAACAGUUCUGGUAGGCUGCUGAAAUUCGAGCUGUAUUGGCCAGCGCAUUGCCUGACGGUCACACCACAGCACGGACAUAUUGCCCCGGAGAGUAAGCUACAAAUUCUUGUGAGUCCUAAUGCUUCGUUAUCUACAAAACAGUCGAUGUUCCCAUGGAGUGGUUUGAUCUAUGUACACUGCGACGAUGGGCAGAAGAAAAUUGUCAAAGUUCAGAUUCGAGAAGAUCUGACUCAGGAAGAGCUUCUGCCACGUCUGGCCACCUCCAGCACAUUAGAAAUUCUUACCUCAGCAUCAGAGCCUCCAAUCAGUCAUCUGGUAAAGCCAGUGACAAAACCACCUUCCACAAAAGUUGAAAUAAGAAAUAAGACUGUUACUUUUCCUACAACAGAACCUGGUAAAACUUCAGAGAGCUGUGUGGAACUUGAGAACCAUGGCCCCACAGACGUGAAGUGGCACCUGUCAUCUUUCGCUCCACCUUAUGUCAAGGGAGUUGAUGAAAGUGGAGAUGUUUUUAGAGCUACUUAUACAGCAUUCAGAUGCUCUCCUAUCUCUGGUGUACUGGAAAGCCAUGGAAUUCAAAAGGUCUCUGUCACGUUUUUGCCCAGGGAUAGAGGGUGUUAUGCCCAGUUUUGGGAUGUUGAAUGUCACCCUGUUAAAGAGCCCCACAUGAGCCACACGUUGAGAUUUCAGCUCUCUGGACAAAGCACCAGAGCAGAAAACGUGUCUGAAAAUGCGUGUGCUUCUGCGGAUACUCUGGUUAAAAUCGACGCCGUGCCUACACCCCGAAGACGGGCUCAGUCGGUGACGUCUGCUCUCCUUCCUGGGCAGCCUGAUACGACCCACCGUGGGGUCUAUGCCCCAGAAGACGCGUAUGAAUUUCUGCCAACCAGAGUUGGAGAAUCAAGAACAAUAAAAGUCAAUUUACGAAAUAAUUCUUUUAUUACACACUCGCUGAAGUUUUUAAGUCCCAGAGACCCAUUCUACAUCAAACAUUCCAAAUAUUCUUUGAGAGCCCGGCAUUACAUCCACAUCCCUGUGCACUUCAAGCCAAAGUCGGCAGGCAAGUUUAAAGGGCUGCUCGUCAUCCAGACAGACGAAGGCAGGAGCAUUGCCGUUCAGCUGUUCGGUGAAGCCCUUGGAAAAGAUUAACCAGAAUACACUUUGUGGAAAGUCAAUUUUGCAACUUAUGUUUUGGUAACUUUCAUUUUUCUACACUACAGUGAUGCUGUUGUAUUUAUUUUGUAUGAUAAAUUGGCUGAUUUGUUUUGUUUUGAGAAUCUAAUACUGAAAACCUAAUAUAUCAUGUAAUUAGUCUAAGUAAUUAACUUUUACAGGAAAGAAUUAUAUUUUUGCAUUAUGAUAUUGUGAAUAAAUAUUGUAUAUAUGUUUUAAUGCAGUAUAUCCAGAAAUAAACUUUAUUUUCCAC